AUGGGUGAACCUUGGCAUGCCUCCUGCUUUAAAUGUCAGGUGAGACGUCAUUUAUACACAAAUUUUCUCCGUAAUAAUUGUGUGUUUGCUUGCAUUUCACUGUCGACUAGCCUCCUCCUACGCAGACUUCAGGGAUCUUAAGUUCCGAAGAUGGCGACGGCAGUGAAAACGUUACUUGAAAAGUGAAUUCGCGUUCUUUCAAUCUUGAUCGCGAUUAUUCCAACUCAUUUACUGUGUCAUAUAUAGGCGAAUUCUCUUGGAGUUCAAUUCUCAAGAUUCAUAUCCAAGUUCAGAAAGAAAAAAGGAAGUUUCACUGUGGCUUGUUUUCGUCCUCCAUAAAAUGUGAAAUUAGGCAUUCUUAAGUCACCUAGUCGUGCAGUGACGGCAAAAAAAUGUACAAAGGAAGCGUGAAGGUCCAUAAUCAUCCUGCGCGUCAUGCAAUCCUCCAUCUUAGAGAAGAUUGCGUGACGAACCAAAGGAAGAUUUCACAAGAGACAAACUGGUGACUACUAAGUACUUAGCAAACAUCGUAUCGCACAUGUGCUGUAUCUAAUUUUAAUUUGCGAGAGUACGAAUUAUAGAUUUUGCUUAUUAGCAUUCGGUGGCAUAUAAAGUUUGACAUUCGACUUGGACCUUAGUCCUCAUUAGUGGAUGAUCUUAAUGUACGGUCGUUUUGUCAUUCCGGGUUGUUAUAGCGCCAUGUUUAUGAAAUGACCUUGUUCAAGUGACAAGUAGUCUCCCUCGCAGCCGUUUUUAGUAUCGUCACGCAACGCUGAGGAGCGUUGCGUGACGAUACUAAAAACGGCUGCGAGGGAGACUAAGUGACAAGUGACGCGCCAGAAAGUUGUCCACAGGGAUAAAGCUUGGGGCGUUUUUGAUAGCGCUCGCGAACGAAGUUGCUCACAUUUUUCGCAGUUUGGCCAGUGUUCCAGCGUUCUUGAAAUCCAGCCACAGAUAAGAGUGAGCGUUCGACAAAUAAUUCAAUAAAUGAAACAUAUAUAUUGAUACACAUGUAUUGUUUUUCUUCACAGCACCCAGGCUGCACUACGCACCUAGAAGGAAAGCAAUUUUAUCAAUAUGGCGGCAAACCGUACUGUGUUUUACAUGGAGCUCCUUAAAUCCCGACUUUACCGUCGUUGAAAAAUUAUUGAUUGUAAAUUGAUUGACAUACCUUAAUUCAUGAGAAUUUUAAUAGAAUGCGAUAGGGUAUAACUGUAUCAGUAUCUUCUUGGGUUUGUUGGAUUCCAAGCCCUUGAAUUUAAAGUGACUCAAAAAUGUUGUGGAACAACGGCAUUGAAAUUAUCCUUUUUCAAAGAGAAAGUCGGGCUUGAAUGAAAAAACUCAAAAAGUUCUAUUUCUCUUUAUUGAUCACUUUGGGAAGAUAAUAGUUUUUUAUCUUCACUGAGUACAGUCCAAGCUUCCUGAAGAGGACACCCUUAGAUAGUGGAAAAGUGUGGGCAACCGGCCGCUUACAGGAAUUGUUAUUGUAACGGGGGAGUCCAAUAGGCCAAUGUCAUAAUAGCGUCAUUUUACUACAACGACCAGAAUCCUUCGGGUUUUUGCUUUCUUGUGCUUGUGCAAAUUAAUAAUUAAUAAUAAUGUUUAUUUCUUAUAUUGCGCAGUCUAGCAUGCGAUAAAGAUAUAAUAGAAUGCGCAUUACAACACUGAAAUCUUAAAGUAAUAAAUGGCUAAUCCAAAUGAUGAUAAUAAUAAUAAUAAUUUACAAUUUUCGGAAAACAAUAAAAGUUAAAUAUGAGUUAAUAAAAGAACUAAUAAAAAGCUAAUUUAAAAAGAUGUCUUUGGUAAAACUUUGGAGCUUUUGUUAUUUAAACCUCGCUGGGAUUACCAAAUUUAAAUAUGAAAGGAAAAACGAAACGAAUUCUAGUCGUAGUAGUAAAAUGACGCCAUCUUUCAAGUGGCCGAGAAGUAAACUGGGCCGAAUUAACUUUCGCAGAGACUUCUGGGACUGUUACUAGGAACAGGAAAAUACAACUGGCUAAUAGCUGACCGGCGCGUUCCCUGUAGCGAUCCCAGAAACAACUACGGGACGCAUGUCGGCUCCAGUUCCCUUUCUCGUUUAUGAAGUGGUGAUCGGGGUUUGUAACCACGGGGCCGUAAGUAGAACGGUCUUGCCUCUUACGAGAGUGUCCUUUGAGAGGUCUUCGACUUUAAUUCUGUCUCGUUAUCGUUGUCCGCGUAAAAGAAAAAAGUCUAGUUUCUGGAAGUAAUGCCAUUACAAAAGGGUCCAAAGUAACGUACAGGCAAACAGUAUUGCUAACAGACAUACAGUAACAACCCGCGACUAAGAACCUGCUAGCCUAUACAGGUUCUUACUUAAAUGGUAAUUAGCACAAAUUUAGGCUGUUUAGGGUCUUCAAUAGGUUCUGAUACAUUGUAGCUAAGAGUAUUUAGCGGUAUUCAGCUCAUUCCUUAGGUAAAACCUGUUUACCAUUGCAAUUGCAGUUGGAGUGAUAAGGCACCUAUGUCUCCAAAGAGGAUCCUGAAUGUUGACUUAUCUUAUUUGCUCAAUCUUAAAAACCAGGUUCUUAGUCGCGGGAUUUUACUGUAGUCUCCUCUGGUGCAUAACUCGCAAGCUGCGAUUGGGCAUCACUGCAGCCAAAAUCUCAGAAAGCUAGAAAGUUGGAGAAUUUUUGCAGGAAAAUUUUGCACAUUAGAUGGUAGAGUUAAAAGUACUAUUGGGUAGCUUUGAUUUAAAUGGCGACUACGCUAAUCGGGGCACAGAAAUGAGGAAUCAAAGCGUGAUUCUGUGAAGCACGAUUCUUUGAUGUUAAAUAAGGCCUCCGAAGUAAUUGUCUGUAAACCAUUUGUCGGCAAACCGACUGACUUGAUAAAACUAUUUUUAAUUAUAGAAAAAGUGAUAUUGAUACUACUACUGCUACUUAUAAUAUAGAUAUAAUAAUGAUAAUUUUAGGUACUGGAGCAAUAAGUAGCUAGGUCUUAGCAUUUAUUAAACUAGGUAAAGUAACUUUUUUUGUUGCGCUUUUCUGACGGGGCGUUUGUUUGGUUGUCUUCACCUUCCGUUGUGACUUUAGAGGCAUUGUAACGCUUCAUGACGAGUGGAGCGAAUUUUUCUUCAGUGGCAUUUUGCGCCAUAUUUUCUAAUCGUGUUGUGCGAUUGGCCCUUUUGCACGUUUGUGAAAAACUAGCCUACGUCUAGCUGUACCCACCCACCCCCCUUUCCCCGCGGAGGUGAGAGGUUCCCGCUAUACGUAGGAAAGUGCAGACUUUCUCAUUUAAGCACCAAGCCUCGUUUGUGAACAAAUUCUUCUAGCCCUUGACACUUUGUACGUGGGUAUGCUCUUUAACUUAUAAUUCCAAAACGAGGCUUGGUUGUGUAAAGUUUCAGAGCUCUUUCAAGUUUUAAAAUCAAUUUAUUAUUUACCAUCGUGCCUUUUGUACGCCAAUUCGUUUGCUAUUUAAGCACCAUUUGAACUCUUAGGUGUAACUCGGUUUAAAGUUGUCGAUGCAUACAAACUUAUACUCUAUGGCUAUCCAUGCGAGAACACAUUUAUAGGUGGUUAAUGGUCUUUAUUCCUCAAAGUAGUCAAUCAGCGUUGAGCAUGGUUUUACCACGUGACCAGUUUUAGCUCAUCAUUUUAGCGUCGCAUCCACUCUUGAAACUGUACAAAAAUAUUCGUUUACAAAAGAUCACUUGUGGACAGCGGUACAUAGGUUUGUAUGCGUUUACAAACUCAAAAAGACUGGUGUAGACCAAAACAAGUUUUAAACUAUCCUCUUAUUCAUGUUCGGAAAUACGGCCUUGCUAUUGCCUUUUAAGUAAGACUGAGUC